GGCACAAAAACUUGCCAGACACGCCCACCUAGCGCCCACUCUAUAUAAGCCAAAUGACGUGAAUAGACCGCAAACAGUUCCCGCCCGAAAACUCAGUGGAAAAGUUACCGAAAAUAUGGAAAAGUCAGUGGAUAAUACACCCAGGACAUUUAAGGACAUGAUGAGAGUGCCAGUACAGUUCUACAGGAGCAUCGGCGAGGACAUCUACGCCCAUCGAUCCAAGAAUCCGUUGAGGUCCCUCCUGCUGAAGGUCUAUCUCUACGCGGGAUUCAUAAACUUCAACGUGUUAGUGAUUGGAGAGAUCGUGUUUUUCUUCAAAUCCAUUCAGAACUUUGAAACCAUUCGCUUUGCCAUUGCCGUGGCUCCCUGCAUCGGAUUCUCCCUGGUGGCUGACUUCAAGCAGUUCGCCAUGGUCUAUCACAAGCAGACCCUGAUUCGGCUCCUGGACGAGCUGGAGGACAUGCAUCCCAAGACCCUCGAAAAGCAAAAGGAGUACAAAAUGUCCAACUUUGAACAGACCAUGAAGCAGGUUAUCAAUAUCUUCACGUUCCUCUGCUUGGCCUACACCACGACCUUUUCUUUUUAUCCUGCGAUCAAGGCCACUGUGAAGUUUCAAUUACUAGGAUAUGACACCUUCGAUCGGAAUUUCGGCUUCCUCAUCUGGUUUCCCUUCGACGCCACCAGCAGCAACCUGGUUUACUGGAUCACUUACUGGGACAUUGCCCACGGGGCCUACUUGGCGGGAAUAGCCUUCCUCUGUGCCGAUCUCCUACUGGUGGUGGUCAUCACCCAGAUCUGCAUGCACUUUGAAUACAUAUCCAUGCGUCUGGAGGAGCACCCUUGCCACCCAGGAGCGGUAGAGGAGAACAAGGAGUUUCUCAUCUACAUGAUUAGAUAUCAUGACAAGUGCUUGAAACUCUGUGAACAUGUGAAUGAUCUGUACAGCUUCUCCCUGCUCCUAAACUUUCUGAUGGCCUCCAUGCAGAUCUGCUUCAUAGCCUUUCAGGUCACUGAGUCGACUGUGGAAGUGAUCAUCAUUUAUUGCAUCUUCCUGAUGACCUCAAUGGUUCAGGUCUUUAUGGUCUGCUACUAUGGUGACACCUUAAUAGCAGCGAGCCUCAAAGUAGGAGAUGCUGCUUAUAAUCAGAAGUGGUUCCAGUGCGACAAGUCCUACUGCGGAAUGCUGAAGCUCUUGAUCAAACGCAGCCAGAAACCAGCUUCAAUUAGGCCUCCAACAUUUCCGCCCAUAUCCCUGGUUACCUACAUGAAGGUCAUCAGCAUGUCGUACCAAUUCUUCGCCCUGCUGAGAACCACCUACAAGGAUAAUUAAGAAAAAUCUUUCUGGUAGCUGAUUAGUGUUGAUUCGAACGACCUCUUGAAAGAAAUCCUGCUCCUUCCUGACCCUACAAUUCUUUUGCCAAUCGCUACCAUGUUUAAUGACGCCCUCGACACGCUUUGAUAAUAUUUAAUUAAAAAUCGCAUUUAAAAUUAAUAAGCUUAAAUGGAGACCAAUGGCGCCUGGCCGAGCACAAAAAUCCGGCCAAAGCUGGAAGCACACGAGGCAAACAAAAUAAUAUUUUUUUCGAAAGGAAUAUUACAGCACCGCAGUUCACAAAAAACCAGCGCCAAGAACGGGGGGCAAAAAAGAAGAGCAGUUGGUAAAAAAUCGCUAUACAAAGAGGGGGAGGCAAGUCCCCCAGCCCCAUGUCCCCCAUAAUUUCCACCAUUUUUACACUCUCCCCGCUCUGACCUGGUAAUAAAAGGAACAACAUGAAACGCAA